GGUUGAAGAAGAGGAUCAAAACGGAUGCAUAAUACAAAUUAUACCUGGAGCUGGUGGAGCCGAAAGUUGUGAUUGGUCCAAUAUAUUACUAAAGAUGUAUGAAAAGUGGGGUAUUAAAAAUGAAUAUCAAGUUAAAUUAAUGGAUUAUGUUAAAGGAGAAACCUCUGGAUGUAAAUUAGCAACUUUAAAAAUUGAUGGAAAAUACGCUUAUGGAUGGUGUAAGCAUGAAUCUGGAAUUCAUAGAUUAGUUAGGAUAUCUCCUUUUGACUCUCAGAAUAGAAGACAUACAUCAUUUGCUUCCGUUACUGUGUUUCCGAAUGUUAAUGAAGACGAUAACUCUGAUAGAGUAAAUAUUAUAAUUCCUAGUUCUGAUUUGAAGAUUGAAGCAUUUCGUUCAAGUGGACCUGGCGGACAACACGUUAAUGUUACUGAAAGUGCUAUUCGAAUUACUCAUAUCCCAACUAAAAUUGUUGUACAAUGUCAAUUUGGGAGAUCUCAGCACACAAACAAAGCCUUAGCUAUGACGAUGCUUAAAGCUAAAUUGUAUGAUAAAGCUAUAAAAGAAAAACGAGAUGCCAAACAAGAACAAUAUUCAGGCUUACCCAAGAAUUCUUGGGGAUCGCAAAUUAGAUCUUAUUUCUUAUAUCCUCAUCAGCUUAUUAAAGAUGGCAGAACUGGACUUGAAACUAAUAAAGUCGACGCAGUAUUAAAUGAGGGCGAAUUAAAUGAAUUUAUGGAAGCAUCAUUAAUCUAUUACAACAAAAAAACCAAUGACUUAUUUAUAUAAUAAUAGCGGUUAUAAUAUAUUAAGUUUUUCCGCAUAAUGUGGAUGUCCCUCUCUAAUUUCUGACAAAGUGUUUUCUCUAAUUUGUGUGUCUGCAAAUAAAGCACAAAUAAGUCCUUCCAAUUCACCAGUUGUAAAACAUACAAGCUCGCCAUUACGAAAUCUGCUCAUAAUUUUUGCUUGUGAUAAUUCAAGUAUAUCUGUCAAUUGAAGAAAUUUCGUCCAAUUUUUUGUGUAUUUUUCUAUCGAAUUUACC